GCCUUCAAGCGGCGCUUCUCCAGCGAGAUUUUGGAGGAUCAUCUGCCGAUCCCCACGACUCCCUUGAGCCCGAGCAGUCCCACGAGUCCUUACAACCGGACCUUCUCCGACUGGACGCGCUUGUCAGAUUGGGUGGGCAAAACGAUGAAAGAAUGGGAAAAAAAGGGUCUUCCACCAAGAUCCGGUGCACACUGGAAAAAAGGUGAUGGUGAAGGAUUGCAGGUCCGGUGCGGGCCGGAUUAUGCCAAGCGACGUCAACAUAUGAUGACAACACCUGGACAUUUGUAUCAAACCCUCACGGUUGACUCGGUGAAAUCCUCCGUUCCGUUGCACAGCGUUUUGGGUUCCGCU